CUUUGGUAAAAAGUGAUCCAGCAUGCCUCUUAUUGUGAUUACCGGUUUACCGCGCAGUGGGAAAACCACCCGUGCAAAAGAAUUGGAAAAAUAUUUCAUCGAAAACGGUAAAACGCCCGUUCACAUCGUGUCCGAAGCUGACUGUAUCACACGAUCCGGCUACGGCGUGAAGGAAAGCUUUAACGACACGACGAAAGAGAAACAAAUCCGUGCCAGCCUCAAAUCGGAAGCGAUGAAACUGUUGACCAAAACGACACUAGUCAUCAUGGAUGGAACGAAUUACAUUAAAGGGUACCGGUAUGAAGUGUUUUGCAUGAGCAAAAACGCACGAACGACCCAGUGCACCGUGCACUGUGCGAUGACGGUAGAGCAGCGAGAUGCUCGCAGGAAGGAGAUUGUAGAGAGCGGUAGCGAUGACGACCUUGAUGCCGAAACGUUUGAUGCGCUCUGUCAACGGUACGAGGAGCCACAGGACAGUAGCCGAUGGGAUCAUCCCCUGUUUACCGUGUAUGGUGGGGAAGAGAUGGAUCUUGCCGGUAUCAACAGCGCGUUGUACGAACAGGCAUCGUUGCCACCGAAUUUAGCGACACAAAAUAUGCCGCUAAGCGCAACGAAUUUUCUGUUCGAGCUGGACAAAACGACACAGACGAUCGUGGAUCAGAUUGCUUCCGCGAGGAAAAUGGGCGUUGAUGGACCGGUGGAGAUACCGCAGGCGGGAAUGCAAGCAGACGUACCGUCUAAUAUGAGCGUGGCACAGCUUUAUCGCCAUCGAAGACAGUUUUUAAACUAUGUUAAAAUGCACACAAACGUUAGCUCGGAUAUUAGUAAAAUACCGGCAAUUUUUGUACAAUUUCUCAACACAAAUACAAAUGGCGCUUAA